AUGGAGGAGCUCACGCUCAAGAAGGCCGAGCUAAAGGCACAAAUCCGGCGCCUCAAGGAGGAGGGUGCCGAGCCGGAAAGGAUUGCGCCAGUGUUUGAAGAGUACAAGGCGGUGUCGGCGGCGCUGAAGGAGAAGGAGGCUGCGGCUGGAGCUGCGGCUGCAGCUGCUGCUGCUACUGUUGCUGCUCCAUCUGCCAUUGGUGGCGCGGCAGCAGGUGCCGCCUCUGGCGCGGCGGCGACACCAGCGAGAGGUGCUGAUCAGGGUGCCAUGAGCCGAGAGGACGCCGAGGCGCGCAAGUCGUUCCUCAAGGGCGAGAUCAAGCGCGGCAAGGCCGAGGGCUGGGAUCCGGCCCGAGUCAAGGUGCUCUACGACGAGUACGUGGCGCUCAAGUCUGGGCUCGAGUCGGGCCAGUUUGAAGCGGGUGGCAGCAGGCCAGCGGGCGAGGCUGCAGCGGGAACUGCGGCUGUGCUUAGGGCGGGACCUGGUUUUACGCUCGACGAGGUGGUCAUGCUCAAGGACGAGGCCAAGCGGCGGGUGAAGGAUAUCAAGACCAGCGCGCCGAGCGAUACCGAGGCGCUGCGUGAAGUGUACGAGCUCUACACGGCACUCAAGGCCGACAUCGAGGCCUACCCGCAGAUUUCCGACGCAGCGGGGCGGAUGAAGGCGCUGAUGGGCGGGAAGGGCGCAAACGAUGGCAGGGCAUCGGCCGGGACGCGCAAGGUUGCGGUAGCACCGGAGGCGCCGACACCGAUGGCUGCGCCGACGACGACGCAGCCUGCGGUGAGUGCGGGCGAGGCGGCGCGGCUUGGCGAACAGAUGUGGGCGGCGGCUAAGAAGGGCGACGCCAUUCUUGUGCAGGAGCUGAUCGAGGCCGGGGCAGAGGUCAACACGACGAUGGAAAAUGGAGCGAGCGGCCUGGUGGUGGCGGCACUGCGUGGCCACUACGGAGUCGCCAAGGUGCUGACGGCUGCCGGUGCGGACGUGGAGGCGCAGGCACAGGGUGCGAGCCCGCUGUAUUGCGCGGUGCAGAACGGGCACGUCGAAGUGGCCAAGGUGCUGCUCAAUGGCGGAGCGUCGCCCAACUCGGUCAACACGACGGCGGCAGUGACGCCUCUGUGGAUGGCGGCGUACAUGGGCGAUACGGAGAUGGUCAAAAUUCUACUGGACGCCGGAGCCGACGUGCACGUGGCCAAGCCGCAGGGAGGCAUCACGCCGCUGUCGAUUGCAGUCGAGCGCGGCAAGCUCAAGUGCGUGGAGCAGCUCAUUGCGGCAGGCGCGGACGUUGAGGCGCGUGACGCUGACGGGUUUACCUGCCUCUGCGUCGCCUCGCAGCAUCAGAACCUGGCCAUCGUCGACGCCCUCAUUGGCGCGGGCGCCGACCUCAACGCGACGACGGCGUCGGGCGAUGCGCCGAUCGACAUUGCCGCCACCUGCGGCUUUGCACACACUGUCGACCGCCUCAUCGACGCCGGAGUCCCGUUCCGCAACAACAAGAAUGUCCAGGAGCUGGACCGCCUCCGCGAUCUGCAGUAGCCAGUAGCCAGCCGUUUGUCU